GGGUUGGGCUGGAUGGCCUUUGAGGAUCUCUUCCAAAUCUAGGAUUCUAUAAUAAGAAUUUAUAUUUUCAAUAAUAAUCUUAACCAUAGAGGGCCAAUGGGCAGGCCAACCCUGAAAGUGCCACUCAAGCUCAAGCUGAGCCCUGAUUGGCCCCUUCAGCCUCAUGUCCCGCCCCCCUCCAUGUGCUUCCAAGCAGUGGCAGUUGGCGCUCGGAGCAGAGGCAUCUCGUUGGGAAAGAAGUUCUUCUCCGGCCAUUGAAAUCCUUUUCGACGCCAAAAUUUGGGAAUGUCUGGACAUGCGGCCCUCCUGCUGCUCCUCAGUUUGGGCUUCGUAGGAACUUCGAAAUACCUUUACUCCGAAGUCAUUGUGCCGAAGCUGCUUGAGACCCAAGUUGACAACGAAGCCAAGGGAGAAGCGACUUACAUGAUCAAAAUUGGGGGAUUCAACAGGAUUGUUCACCUUCGCCAAAUAUCUUUUGCAUUUCGGAACAUGGCUGUUUACUCUUUGGACCUGGAAGGCAACCGGCAGGAAGAUCAUCCAUUUAUAAAGGUUGACUGCUAUUAUCGUGGAUACGUGAGAGACAUCCCGGGCUCGGUCGUCAUGCUUUCCACUUGCACCGGACUUUGGGGAUAUAUACAAGCCGGAGGAGUGAAGUAUGAAAUCCAGCCGGUGGAGAAUUCCUCGGCGUUUCAGCACCUGAUUUUCCAGAAGGAUCCGGAGCAGCAGGAGCCUUGCCCGACAGUCCCCGAGCAGCAAGGAGCGAGCAAAGGCAUCCGACUCAAAGAAGCCGUGGAAGCCAAGAGUCCGGCCACAAAGCCCUUGGGGGACAAUGAGGCGGAGUUUCCUGGGAGCCAUGAACCGUCUCGCUACCUCGGGUACUUUGCUGUUUGUAGCAAUUCCUUGUUUCAGCAAAAUGGGCACAACGCAACCCGCGUCAUACUGGUGAUCCUUCAGAUCGUUUCCUUUCUACACCAUGUAUAUGAAGACAUCGGCCUUCACGUUGUCUUGACAGGGAUAGAGCUGUGGACGGAGCGGGAUUUGAUCAUAGGUGGGCACCAAACCCUGGAUGCGUUUCACAAGUACGCUUCCACCCAGCUUCGGCCGCACGUCGUCCUUGACCACGCGGCCUAUUUCACGAUAUUGGACAAGAACAAGCCAAUUGGAAAGCAGUGGCAGGAACACCUUUGCCUUCCAAACAGAGUCUCAGUUUCUGCUGUCAAAGUCUUCCCCUCCUUGCUACAAAGCGGGGCCUCUGCCGCACACCAGCUGGGCCAUGCCAUUGGCUUUGCGCAUGAUGAUGAUUUUCCGAGGCCCAACGGCCAGAACUGUGAUUGCGACUGUGACUCCAAACCGGGCCAUUGCAUCAUGUACUCUGCUGUUGCGGAGUGCUACAAGCUCAGCAACUGCAGCAAAAACGCCUACCGCAACCUGUUAGCCCAGAAAGGCAAGGACUGCUUCAUGAACUUGCCCAAAGACAAUAAUUUUAUAAAGAUCUGCGGAAACGGCGUGGUGGAAGGCGACGAAAUGUGUGACUGCGGUACGGAUAAGGUCUGCCAAAGGAGUGGAUGUUGCCUCAAGGACUGCACCCUGAAACUGAACACCAGCUGCUAUUACGGAAGCUGCUGCAAAAAAUGCAAGGUUAGCAUCGAAGGGACGCUCUGCAGGGAAGCCGUUAAUGAAUGCGACCUGCCAGAAUAUUGCAGCGGGGAUUCGGCCGACUGCCCAGCCGACGUCUACAAGAUGGAUGGGAUACCAUGCGGGACCGACCACCACUGCUACUUUGGAGCAUGCCUGGACCUCCAACACCAUUGCACGGUUCUCUUCGGCCAAGGUGCGAAACCUGCUCCACUGAAUUGCUACAAAACACUGAACAUGAGAGGAGACCGGACUGGCAACUGUGGGAAGGAAGGCAAUAAGUACAAGAAAUGCAGAGAAGAAGACGUCUUCUGCGGAAGGAUCCAGUGCACCAACGUCAAGAAAAUCCCAAGGACUUCGACCCGGCAAGGCGUGAUACAGACUCCUGUGGAUGACAUCUUGUGUUUGGGCACUGAAUUUCACGAAGAGGGGGAUGUGUACGACCUCGGGGCGAUAAGAGACGGGUCAAAGUGUGGUCCCGACAUGAUGUGCAUUAAUAGAACUUGUGUCGAAGUGAUGUCUCUGAAUUACGAUUGCAGUUUCUCCAAGUGUAGCAACCGAGGCGUGUGCAAUAGUAACCAGAACUGCCAUUGCGAAUACGGGUGGGCCCCUCCAUCCUGCAGCGGCCGUGGAUUCGGAGGAAGCAUUGACAGCGGGCCCCCUCCGGAAAACGCCAAAUCUCAAAAAAUGCUAAUGCUGGGUUCCCUGGUUGGCGUGGCUUUGCUUUUGCUGACUGUUAGCGUCAUGGCCAAGAGAUAUUUCUAUGCUUGCAAGAAGCUUGGGUUAAAGGGGAACCUAUCUAUGGAGCCCCUGGACGCUUCUCUGGACGACGAUUCUGUUACAAAUGAGAAUGAAACGGAGGAUAUAACCCUGUUCAAUAACACGUAGGACCGCCUCUUUCGGCGAGAGAUUUUUUUUUCACCGUGAAAGGCAUGGAAGAGGAGGAAAAAGGCUUGUUUUUCCGGUUUCAUUCGCACUCGUCGCCCCGUGCGUCUCUAUCUUUGCUUUUGAAAUUCUAUUUAUUUCCUUUGUUUUCCCCCAUUUUCCUUCCUCUUUGGCUUCUUGUAAUUCCCAUUGGUGUGAAAUAAAUAAAAAUAUUGGAUAGAAAA